UAUUAAAAAUUAUAAUGUUAAUAUCAUGAGUAAACCAAAAUUUCUGCGAUGGGGCUACGAUCGCGUGUUUUAUUGUUGUGUUUAGUUCUCUUGUCGUCAAAUGUGUUUGGGGUGUGGCUAGUGAAUACUGAAGUAACUGAACCAGCAACCACCGACAGACGUCAAAACAGACUGUUUAAGAGGCAGGAUGACAUGGCAGAUACAUGCAGUCGUGUCAAGUCCACUCCAAGGGAUAUAGUGAGGCGUGUUUAUGCAAUAAUGCCGUAUUUCGAUAAAGACCACGCGAAUACGGCGUUCUUACACAAGUACCGUGCGACUAUCCACGGUAUGUCAGAGGGAGAGGACCUGUUGGACAGAGAGGCGGCACUCUAUGCGUCUAUACUGACGCCAUUGGUUUUCUUGCAGCAGUAUAGGGAUACAUGGUGUUUGUUAGAAAGAUUUCAUCGAGCUGUUCGUCUUUAUCAAAUAUCUCAUCCGACUGAAAAAAGAUCGUCUCUGAAGUUACUCCAGAACUUCAGGGCUGUCAACCAAAAGAUCAGAUCAUUUAUAAUGGAGCUACCUGGUCGCAGAGUUGUGUCGAGAACUUCCGCUCCAAUAGACAAUGAAGAGGAAGAAAUUCACGAUAAGAAAGAUAUCAGAUAUCUCAAGGAGCUGAUUAAAAAUCUUGGUUGA